UGUAUGAGUAGGGUAUCCCCGUUCCAUGCAGAUUUAGGUAGGUAAUGGAAUCGGAGUAUAUAAACCACUGAACCUGUCAACAGAAGCACAUUCUACAAUCUAUCAUGGCUCUCCACGCAUCAUUGGUGCUAGUCUCCGCUGCGUGUCUUAUAAGCUUUUCUGUGACGGGAGAAGAAAUAUCCAAACUCACAGAAGAGAAAACAGAGACGAAACCUGAAAAUGUUGAUGAUGUAACUGCCAAAAGAGUGAUUUUCGGUGCCUUACACCCGAUCAACCAUAAUAUUGGUGCUGGCGGCGGUUACGGUUCAGGUUCUGGUCACGGCGCAGGUGCCUCAGGGGCCGGAAUAGGCGUUGGUUUCGGUUUGGGUGGCGGUGGUGGUGCAGAAGGAGGUGGUGCAGGAGGCGGAGGAGCUGGAGGAGGUUAUGGCAUCGGCGGUGGAUCAUCCAACAGUAACUAUGGACCGGUGUCGGUUAUGGACAAGGAAGCGGUUCCGGCGGUGCUGGUUAUGGACAAGGAAGCGGUUCUGGCGGUGCUGGUUAUGGACAAGGAAUUGGUGCCGGUGGUGCUGGUUAUGGGCAAGGUAGCGGCUCUGGCAGUUCCAAUUAUGGUCAAGGAAGUGGUUCUGGUUAUGGACAAGGAAGUGGUUCUGGCGGUUUCGGUUAUGGACAGGGAAGCGGUUCUAGUGGUUCCGGAUAUGGACAUGGAAGUGGUUUUGGUGGUUCAAGUUACGGACAGGGAAGCGGUUCCGGUAGUUUUGGACAUGGAAGUGGUUAUGGUUCAGGAAGUGGUUCAAGCAGUAACACUGGUGGAUACGGUGUCGGGUCUGGAGGAAGCUAUGCUAACGGUUUUGGAGCCGGUCAAGGUAGUGGUUUUGGCGGUGGAUCUGGAGGAGGAUACGGAGGUGGAUCCGGCCAAGGAGGUGGCUUUGGUGGCGGUAUCAGUCACGGACACGGACACGGCGGUGGUUUCGGACACGGCGCAGGUUACGGUCACGGCGGUGGAUUUGGUCACGGCGUUGGAUUCGGGCAUGGCGGUGGUUACGGUGCCGGUGGUGGAUUCGGCGGUGGUCAUAGUAUCUUUGGUCUACACCACAAGCCUCAACUCAUCGGAGCCCUCGCACACGGUGGCGGCAUCGGGUUCGGCGUUGGUGCCGGCGGCGGUGCAGCAGCUCCUUAUGGUUAACUGCAAGAGUCAUACGCAUAUAUGAACUCAACAUCAUAAUUUAUAAUUAUAAUUCAACUACCGUAUAAUAAUAUAUAAAAUUAUUUAUUCAUCUAUAACUUAUUUUGGUGCACGUGCACCGACUAAAUCACACGGAAAUCUUUUGUUUUAGUAUUUUAUUGUGUUUAUUUAAUUUCUCUAUUAUAAUAUUCUAUUAUACUUAAAUAUGUAUAUUUUUAUUUAUGUUUUAAUAUUAAAAAUCUUGUUUGCAAUGAA